GAAGGUGGCAGUCCAGUGUUACUAGCAGAAAAGAGAGAUGGAUCUCACACUUAGUGUCGUUGUAAGCUCUCUCCUCCUCCUUUUUAUCCUGGCCGUCGUGAUAAUCAGCUACAAAUCCAGAGUGACUUCUCCACCAGGGCCAUGGGGAUUGCCCUUGAUUGGCCACCUCCACUUGCUAGCGAGAAUGCCCCUCCACCGAGCGCUGCAAUCCAUGUCACAAAAGCACGGCCCCAUUGUGUCCUUGAGCCUGGGAAUGAGGCCAGCGAUUCUCAUAUCAGCGCCAGCUCUGGCAAGAGAGCUCUUUACCUCGCAGGAUGUGAAUUUUCCAUCCAAGCCAUAUACGAGUGUCUCAGAGCACAUAGACUACAACUUUAGAAGCAUCGGGACUGCCCCUUAUGGCGAGUACUACAGCAGCAUCCGGAAGCUGUGCCUGACGGAGCUCUUCACCGCCAGGAAUAUCGAUUCGUUUUCAUGGAUUCGAAGAGAAGAGCUCUCGCAUCUUUUGAGUGCAAUUCUCAGCAGGGCCAGCCAUGGGCAGGCGCUGGAUUUGAGGAAGACCCUGUCGGUGUUCUCAUUCAACAGCAUAACCGGCGCCCUCAUGAGCAAACGGUACCUCAGCCACGAGCAUACCGGUGCGGCUAGCUCAAAGGAGGCCAUGGAGUUCAAGAAUUGGUUAAUCGAAGUGUUGCAGCGUGUUAUGGAGCCCUGUUUGAGCAACUUCGUGCCUUGGUACUUGAGAUGGCUUGACUGGAAGACUCCUGGAUUGAGACGCCUUCAUGCAAAGGUGGAUAAGUUCUUGCAAAUGGUUGUGGAAGAACACAAGAAGAGCACCCGAGAGCAGAAGGACUUCCUUGACAUCCUGCUCAAGGCUUUCGGAGAGGAGGAAGCUUAUGCAAAAGCUAAUCUGUUGGACUUGAUGGUGGCAGGAACUGAAACUUCCGUCACUGGGACCGAGUGGCUUAUGGCAGCAGUGAUCCAGGAGCCCCGGAUCCUGAAAAAAGCCCAGCAAGAGCUUCACGAUGCCGUGGGCAACAGGCGGAUGGUGCAAGAAUCAGACCUCUCCAAGCUCGGCUACCUCGACGCCAUCAUCAAGGAGUCACUCAGGCGCUACCCAAUAGUCCCGAUCUACAUCCGCGAGUGCCAAGGCCAAGCGUCAAAACUCGGGGGCUACGACGUCCCAAAAGGAACCAUCGUGAUCGUCAACUCGUGGGCGCUGGGAAUGGACCCCGUGGUGUGGGAGAAUCCCACACAAUUCUUGCCGGAACGCUUCCUUGCGAGGUCCAUCGACAUCAAAGGCCAGGACUUUGAACUCCUUCCAUUUGGAUCUGGGCGGAGGAGAUGCCCAGGGAUGCCCUUGGGCCUAAGAACCAUGAAGCUGCUCGUGGCAAAUCUCAUACAUGGCUUUGACUGGAGUGUGGAGCCUGGGAAGAUCCAAUCCAUGGAGGAUUGCUUCAAAUCUACUUGCAUCAUGAAGCAUCCAUUGCAGCUAGUGGUUACUCCAAGGCUGCCGAAAGAUGCCUACACUACCCAAAUACAUGAUUUCUUCAUAUAAUAAGUUUUAAUCUAGUAGUAUAUUAAUAUUAGUGUAGUGGAAUUUUGGUAACUAAUAUUAGUGUAAUAAAUUUUAGUAAUUGUUAGAUUGAUUUGAACCUGCAUAUAAGCUAAGG